CCUUUUCCAUCCUUUCACCUCUUUGUGACGAACUUCGCCUUCUGGUCCGCCGAUCGAAGUUUGAGGCAAUAACGUAAUGAAUGAACACUUGAGAGAAAGAUUUGAUGGUGGGCUUACAGGCCAGUCGAAGAGGCGACCGCAUCAGCAGCAGCAACAGCAACAGUACGAUGUGUGCGGCGAUCAAGUCGAGGUCACAUUUCUCCCGCCACGACUUAACCCAAGGAUCGUGGAAUAUGAGGACCAGUACAAAACUGAUAAGCACGAUCAAGAGUGGUUGAACGCUCUAGAAGUCCCAACUUCGGCGGAAUUGACGAGCGAUGGCCCGAGAGGCCUGCCCUGCAACCGACUUACGGGCGCAUGGUCGUCAAAAGAGGAGUAUCUGUCGGCACACUACCGUCUUAUACGAGAGCAAGCCGUUGGUCCUCUGAGAGACGCUCUCCUAGCCCUUCGGUUACGCCCGACUCUUAAAGAAGAUGCGUUUCAAGGUGCUGUAGGUAUCUACGACAGAACACGCGUUCUAGCCGUUAAGUUGCCGACUAGAGGCAUAACUCUUCGUGUGACUUUCAGUUUAAUCCGCGUCGGCAAGAGAAUUAUCUGGGAGCAAUCUAAGCGUCUUAUAAGCGGCAGUCUUGUGGCGCUGCUUCCCAAGAACGACCUGAACAAGGUUAUCGUUGCUGUCGUCGCAGCUCGACCGCUCUCAAAACUCAUUGAAAAUCCGCCGGAACUUUACCUGUUCUGUGACAGCCUUGAGCUUGACAUUGAUCCCGCUAAGGAGUACUUGAUGGUCGAAUCCCGGUCAAGCUACUUCGAGGCCGAUCGACAUGUUCUCCGUGGACUUCAACACAUGGCUAGCGAGUCAUUCCCUUUCCAAGAGCACCUCAUCGGUGUCCAAACGCAAGUCCACACUAUCCAGCAUUCCGCUCUCGAUAUCUCUCCAGUUUAUGGAGACGAGUGUCAACAUGUGUUGACCUGGCCUACUAAUGUCACAUGCGAGAUGGACGGAUCUCAGCAAGCUGGCCUCUGCCGCAUAGUGACCAAGCGCCUCGCGAUCAUCCAAGGGCCUCCAGGGACUGGCAAGACGUAUGUCUCGGUUGAAGCACUCAAAGUCUUGUUGGCCAAUUGGCGUCCUGGUGAUCCACCAAUCAUCAUCCUCGCCCAGACAAAUCAUGCGCUUGACCAGCUCGCGCGUCACGUCCUUAAAUUCGAGCCUGAUCUUGUCCGCAUUGGUGGUCAAAGCAAGGACGAAAUCGUCAAGAAGCGUACACUGUUCGCAGUGAGCCAGCAACACGACGGAAGAAAUCCGCCUGGUUGCCAGCUGAAUAUGGCUCGUCGAAAAAUGGAAGCGCUUCAAAAGGAGAUCACCAGUCUUCUUUCGCCGCUGCAACAGUCUGCCUUCCCACUCGACCUAGAAUUACUUGGACCACAGGGUCUCAGCCUCUUGUCCAAAAAUCAAAUCGAGAGUCUCGUCACUGGCGCUGCUCGUUGGGGUCAUUCUACACCAUUUGCUCUCUGGCUUGGUGACUCCUUGAAGCCUGUCGCAAAGCAGCCUGCUGAACAGUUUGAAUUUGAAGAAGCAGAACUGGAAGUUGAUUACCUCAACGAAGCAGAGAAAGAAGCGGCCAUAGAUGAAGACGACAAAUUUGAAACGCUCGAAGGACCAGAACUUCCAGUUCAUGAUAAUUUCACUUGUCCUCGGACUCCUGGUGUGCCUGGAAGAACUUCUCCGACUCAACUGUUGAAGGUCGACGAUCUUUGGGAGAUCAGUGACGCACAGCGUCCAGCAGUUUAUCGUCACAUGCAAGCGCAAAUGAAAGCCCACGUCUUCCAACAAUUCCAGAUCAAAGCUCAAACGUACAACAAGCUUGCUCGCCUUUGCAAGAUUGGUCGCUGGGAGCGGCAGGAGAAUGUUCUCAAGGAGCAGAAGGUCAUCGGUAUGACCACCACGGGGUUCAGCAAGAAUCGGGCCCUGAUAAAUGCACUCCAGCCAAGAAUAAUUCUAUGCGAGGAAGCAGCCGAAGUUUUGGAGGCGCCCAUUGCUGUCACAUGUGUGCCUUCACUUAAGCAAUUGAUCCUUGUCGGCGAUCAUGCUCAACUACGACCACACACACAGUACCGGAAGCUUGAGAAUGAGCCACACUACCUAAAUAUUUCCCUUUUUGAACGCUUGGUCAACAACCAGGUAGAGUUUACUACUCUCAAAAUGCAGCGCCGCAUGAUUCCCGAGAUCCGACGCCUGCUGAUGCCGAUAUAUGAAAACAAGAUCCGAGAUCAUGUCUCUGUCACAGAGCCUGCAAACCGCCCGCAAGUACGAGGCAUGGGCGGUAUAAACAGCUUCUGUUUCAGCCACGAAUGGCCAGAGGCUCGAGAUGAACUCAUGUCGUCGUUCAAUGCAUCGGAGAGCAGCAUGAUUCGAGGUUUUGUCGAAUACAUGUUCCUGAAUGGUGAGACUCAAAUCACAUGCUUGACCUUUUACAAUGGUCAGCGAAAGGCUCUCGUGAAAGACUUUUGGAGCAGCAAGAUCCUCCACGACUACAUGCCCAAAGUGGUCACAGUCGACAGCUAUCAGGGCGAGGAGAAUGACAUCGUCAUUCUGUCUCUGGUCCGUUCGAACAACAAGAAGCAAGUGGGUUUCCUAGAUAACGCCAACAGGGUCUGCGUAGCACUUUCCAGAGCCCGCCGCGGAUUCUAUCUUUUCGGAAACUGCGGGCUGCUCUUCGAUGCUAGUGAUAUAUGGAGACAAAUCGUGUCAAUUAUCGCCGGUCAUAUGGGCAACGAAAAGCCGAAGCUCCGCCCGAAUCGACUGGGUAAAGCAUUUCCAGUGUUCUGUGAAGUCCAUCACGUUGAGACACUUAUUGCUGAAGCUGAGGAUUGGAAUAAUCUUCAAGGCGGGUGCCAGCAGCCAUGCGGAGCCAGUCUAACCUGCGGACACAUUUGCAGCCGCCCUUGUCAUCCAUGUCCGCAUGAUAUGACACCAUGUAUGCAAUGCCCGCGAGGCGCAAUUAAAAUGGCAUCAAGAACCCCGUCACCGACGAAGUUGACUCCCCUCAGAUCGCCUCUUCCCCGUCCGGUCGCCCACGGCCAUCGCCCGUCUCAAAGCUCGGUCACAUCAUGGCAAGAUCUCGAAGGCCUGAAGCUGACAUCGACGAACUCAUCGAAUGCAAGCUCGACGAUCCUCGUAGAGAUCGAUGAUGUGGAAGCGUCUGCUCCAGCCUUCCACUCGCGAGAGAUUUCGCCAACGAGCAAAGGCUUUGGGGGUCGGCCGAGAGUCGUUGAAACCUUCCAGAUCACGCGCGGCGGCGGAUCCAGUGUUGAUCAGUCUCGUCAGCCUUCUUUGCUAGACGACUGAGUUCCGGGGCGAUGGUAAUGAAUUGUGGAUCAUGGGCAGGGCAUUUGUUGUCGCGGUACGUGUUUUGUAUCAUGCGAUUUGCUGCAAUUGUGAUCACGAUUAUUCUUAGUUUCACCCUCGGUUCUGCAAACCGGGUUUCAGUCGCUUGUCAAAUGAAAAAAGAAAUUCGAAACC